CCGAGUCUUCCCAUCCACAAAUCUUUUAUCCAUCUAUUAUUUACUUUAGUCUUCUCUUUCUCUAUAUACUUGUUCAUCUAGAUCUAGAAAAUUUGGUCUCUGAAAACUCCACUGCCAUUAAACUUUACUCCAAUUAAAACUCGAAGUAAAUGUGAAUUCUUGUGUAAGUUAAAAAAAAAACUCUGCUGUCAUUAUACCUUUUGUGUAUCUUGUUAGAUUGAUUGUUAAGUUUGGUUUCAACUUUGUUAAUGGCUUUAACUUAUGUUACUACAGAUGGAAGCAUCGUUGGUCAGACCUAUUGCUAAGGAUAAUAAACCUAGUAAGGAAAGUUAAAUGUUCUGAAGUACUUAAUCGGGGAAUUGAAACAUGAAUGAUAGAGGUAAAUCUCCAUUGUUACAUGCAACAAUGGCUGGGGAUAUGAACAUUGUCGACUAUCCACUUGGAAAGGGGUUGAUCCUAAGACAUCUAACACCAAAGGUUACAGUCCUUCGCAUUGCACUGCUAAAAAAGGAUACAUGUUUGAUGGAUAAUAAUGAAAAUGAGGUGAUGGUGAAGGUAGAGAAUUGUAUACAUAUGGUGGAGGUGGAAACAGUGGGAGUGGAAAAUUAUACACGUAUGGUGGAGAUGGAAAAUUCUACAUAUGUGAUGGAAGUGGCCAUGGUGAUGAUGGUGGUGAAGAAAUGUAUACAUAUGGUGGAAACAAUGAUGCUAGUGGUAGGGAGUUGCAUACAUAUGGAGGAGGUGGCGACUGUGAUGGUGAGGGUGGAGACUUGUAAAGAUAUGAAGGAGGAGGAGAUGGUGAUGUUGAGGUCCGGAUUUGUAUGGUAUGGUGGAGGAGGUGAUAGUGAAGGUGGCAGUGGUGACUUGUAGUAUUAUGGGGCGAGUACUGGUGAUGAUGGUGGCAGUGACUUGUCAGAAACAAUAAGUCAGCGUUUUGUCUAUCCUUCGUCCAUCUUUCGCAUAGAAAUGCACCUACGACUACAGAGGUGAAUAUCCAUCUAUUUAAGUUGCGUGUGUUCAAUAAUAAAUUUCACAUCUACAUGAUUUGAUGGUUCAUUUAAAAGUAUGUACAACUAUAGCUUAACUUGUAUAUUCUUCUCAUUUCUGGUCAUUUUCACCGUAUCCAGUUAUUUCUGAUUAGUUUCUCGAAUUUACCUGAAAGGGUUGUACAAGUAGUUAUUAGAGUCUUAUAGUAAUAUUCUUUCCCAUUAUUUGUGAACAAGUUCUUGAUUUAUAUUUCAUUGCAACUGAUGGUUGUCGUAGGUGCAAUCAAA